GGGGGCCAAACAGGGGAUGUGAGCACAGCAAGGUGGUGGGUGGUACAGUGCGUUUCAGCAGUGGGGACAGUGGGUCAGAUCAGGAUGAGUGUCUUGUUCUUGUUAGCAGAAAUGCACAGCUAAUGGUGGUGACCGUGUUGGAAAACAGAGUUUUGUAGCUGAGAAUUUGCUCUAUCAAAUAGUGUUCUAGUGCUCUUUAUAUCUGUUGCUGUUUCCAUGGAAAUAAAUAGGAUGCAUUACUUUUGGAGCGGCCUAUGUCUGUGCCGCCCAGGACAAUUCCUCUGUACUCACUGUGGCCCAGGUGAGCCAGAAGGUUGGACACCCAUGCAAUAGAUCCUUGUGUCUCUGAACUUGUGUAAGGUGACUGAUGUGUUUCGUGGGGUUUUACCCUUUUUCUGCUCAUAAAAAAUAUGGAUUAUUAGGGGACAUAUAUUAACAUUACUAAGAUAUUAGCAUCUCAGAGAUAACUUUGAAGUCCUACCGCUAUUAACUCAAAGGUGAUGUGAUGAAUGAAAAAUGAGAUUUCUUUAUCAUCCCAUGAGAUGGUUGUGAACUUCUUCCAGUCCCCUGACAGGCACUGGUGCGACCUUCAACCUGCAUCUGAUGGGAGGUACUUGACAGCCUCCCAGCUGCCCUCGGCACGCUGCCCUUUCCUACAGCCUGCUGUGGGGCUGCUGUUCUUGGGCAGUGUGUGGCAUGUAGGCUGCUGCCCAUGGCUAGCGCAGAGGCUGUGCUCAGCCUGGGGGAGCUCGUUUGGAGUUAAAGCAAUUAACACCAGGCACAGAAUUAAUCUUUGUUCCCCUUUCCUCCUAUGAGCAUGUUACUGUAAGUGUGUGACGUUAACAUGCGGAGUAACGCUGAAUGGUGGAUUACUUUGCUCAGCUCGUAACUUAUACUCAGAGUUGUUUGGUUCUGAUGCUGCUGUUUUCUACACCUUCAGCAAAGGUGGUUGUGUGCCCAAGUGCUGAAAUCUUAAGAAAUCCUCCUGAAAGUGGUGUUGUCAGCAUGUACCACAGCCAGCUGCUGGAUCUUAACAGCGCUUUGCUGAAAUUCUGCUACACAAAUCCCCAUAUAGGAAUGUAGGAGAUAGGUGUGUAUGUGGUGUGUUCCUGAGACCUACUUCUUGUUGUAUGGUUUUUAUGGAUAAGAAGCAACCUCUUUUAGCCAGAGGUCAUUUCUUCUUCCCAACAACUUGGAAAUGAUGUGAUGUUUGUUGUUUUUAUCAUUCAUCUUUCCCACUUCCUCCCUUUCUGUAUUUCUUUCCAGACAUGAGGAAGUCUUAAUUUUUAGAAAACUUUUUCUUCUUAGAAGUAAAUAAUCAAAAUGAGACCAUCAGAACAGAUCCGGUGGGCUGUCCGGGGCUGUAUUUCCAGUUCAUCCCAAGAUGCAGGUCUCUGUGAUAGUAAAUACCAGUGACUGCAGAGGAGGUGGGAUCAGAACAUUCCCAAGAAUACCCAGGAGGCAAAUAGAUAAGUAGCUUGAUGGCUUUUUACAAGCACACAGGCAUGAGAAAGCGCCGGGAAGCCGUCCUUCUUGCUGACAAAGUGAAAAGCGGAGUGGAUUGGACUUGUCUUACGAGACUUCCCUGAUAUUGGAGAUACACCCGUUUCUCAGAUGCUUAGCCAACAUGUUUUAUUCACGAGCUCUGGGGUUAAACUCAUUUUCACAUCUGGCAGCAGAUAGGCUCUGCAAAGCUCUUCAGUGUCUUUUCCCCCUUUUCUGUAGCAAAGCACAUGGAUUUCUUUGUUUGAUCAUCUUAGUUCUUAUCUCACGUAAUUAAUUCUCAGACACUGCAGGAGCCCUGGGUGGUGAUGAUGCUUCCAGCUCCCUUAGCAUCUGUUUUUUCUCAACAAUCUAAUCUGCUGUGAAUAGAAAUAUUUAGUUUAUUAAUGCUUCUACAGCCAGUGUGUAAGGGCGUGGGUGAAAUUCAUCAGAGCUGAGCUGUGAUCUCACGGUCCCUUCUGAACCUGUGAAAGCUAUCACAGAAGUUUUGUGUGUAGUGAGGAGAAUGAGAAAUGCUAAAAAUAACAGUUGAAGUUACUGAGGAAUGAGAAUCUUAACUGAAACAGAGCUGCUGGGUUUUUAGAGUCUACAGGGAUGUGGAACCUGUUAAACUUCACACAGCGUUGUAUUCAGACUGUUCAUAGAUGAACCCAAAUGACAGAUUAACUUCAAAAUUUCUGUUAAGAAUGCAUUCAAAUGAAUGGUUCUAGAGCUCAAUUUAAGGAACCUGGGCUCUUACCUUUCAGGGUAAAUUAUGUUGUUGCUGUGGGUAGCAUGCAAACCAUUUGGAAACUCAGCAAAGAAGGAACACUUGAGAAAGUAUCCCGUGUGAUUAUAUUAACUGUUCCUCUGUGCAGGGCCAACACAUUGCAGUAAAUGCACAAGCAGGUGUGACCUGCCUUUAAAGCAUCAGUUGUGCUUUCCACUCUUGUAUUCAGUGUUUGCUACCAUUGGCUUUUUAAAUGCAGGAAGAAACUCCUCUUUUUGCUAUGCACAGGACAUGCAAUUGCAUUAUCUGUAGACCUAUCAGGAAUUCAUAAAAUUGUUUCUGUAUAAUUAUUAUUAUUAUUUUGCCUAGGUGAGGAAAUGUAAAGUGUGCUUUUUGUGCUAGGAGAGUUUAUUAAAAUGAUUACCUCUGUUACUGAUUACCUCCUUAAAACUUUAAUUGAAACUCUUUUGAAUUUAGGGAGUCUUUUAAAACUAGGCCUGGUAAAUGGGGAUAAUGUUUUUCUUUCUCUGAAGUUCAGAACUCAGAUGAGGGGUGUUGUAGCAGAAAUGCUCAGUCACGGCCUGAAGCAGUGAUGGAGCACCUGGUGGAAGGCAGGGCCAGCCCCUGGCAGCUCAGGUGUGUGCAAUGCAGCUGAGUGACCGGAAGGGCUGGAGCCAGGAUCCACCCCUUCCAGUCCUCACUUAAUGGCUGGCAGUGGAGGUGAGGGUCUCUUACCAGAGAUCCCUGUGUACCUGAGGCCUUCUAAAGGUAAGCAGGCUCUUUAUGUCUGUGCUACAGCUGUAGCAUUUGAGCAAAUCUUCACUCACUGCAGCCUAGGACCUUGCUACCCUGCUGUUAUUGCUGUGCUUUCUCUCAUGUUACAGAUGCCUCUGAGGAAGCUCAGAGGGAUGUGAUGUUAGAUCCACGUGCUUAGCUGUCCAGGGUCACAGAGUGGAGGGGAGAGCAUUUGACUUGGUAUUCAUCUGCUUUUUAUACUGAUUAUGUGCUUUAAAAAUCUGAUGGUUUGUUAUUUCAGAACCAUUGUUACCUGCUUCUGAUGCAGUGUUUUGAUAUUCUUCUGGAGAACUCAGCUGCAGAUCUUUCUGUUGAAGCUGUUCAGGGAAUGCGUUAAUCAUAAAUGGUUGUUUUUUGUCAGUGAUUCUUCUGUUUUUGUUUUCCUGAAGUGUCCUCUUAUUUUGAAUGUCCUGAUUCUUACACUGUACCAUUUCUCUUAGUGUUUUUCCUGCUGUGUGCUUAUUGAUAGAGAAUAGGACUGUAGUUUUCAAACUCUGUGCUGAAAUAGGGCAGAUCUUUCAGAAACAUACCAGUGAUGUUUUCUGCUUUGAGCUUUGGGGAAGUUCUAUACAGGUCACUGUGUUCAGGGAGCAGCCUGGUGCAUUUUGUUCUGUGGUUGUUGGCCCUGUCUGUCAGCAGCAGUAUUGCUGCCUGUCAGAAAUCACUGUACUUUAACAGUGGGGUAGGAAAUCAGAUGGGUUCUGUAAUAGUGGACUUGUCUCUCAGGAUUAACUGCUUGUAAGAAAGGUCAGGUAUUAACAUACCAGCACUAAUAACACUAUAUGGAAUACAGGUAUUAAUGUAUCAGCACUAAUAACACUGUAUGAAAUACUUCAUAAUAUAAAGCUAUGCUUCUUGCAUGUGGUGGUUGCUGUAGAAAAGCCAGAGGUGCCCAGUGGCCCUUUUGCCCAGGCCAGGUCUUUGCUGUGCUGGCUGUGUUCAGGAAGGCCUUCAGCACGUCAGUGCUGCUGAGCGGGGAGGAAAGCAAGGUGCUUCUGGAGGAGCUGUGGGGUAUGAGGGAAGGGCCGGGGGCUGUGAGCAGUGGGCUGGGCUCCUCCUGUGGCACGGCCUGAGGUGUCACCUGGCAGUGACAGGCAUCAGUGCUGCUUCAUGCAGCUCCAGAAGUGCGAGCGGUGGGAGCAGAUCUGUGGUGAAGGCCUCAUCCUCAUAAUGCGAUCCCUUCCAGCACCCCCUUCUUGUCCCAGUUACUCAGACCGGUUUCCCUCCCAGGGGAGCUGCAUGGUAAUGUCUCUGUGGUAACCAAUAGCUCUUCCGUAGAUGGUAAAGUAAUCUUUAGAAAAUGAAGUAUUAUUAGCUGUUCCUAACUGAGUUUUAGCAGCUGGAGAAGUGGAGGAGCCAAAAACAGAUGCACUGGGAAUCCUGUGAGCUGUCUGCAGGUGUUCUGAGGUGGCUGAUUUCCAGCCUAGCCACAGAGCUGCUCUGCCAACCUCAGGGCAUCGUGCCUAUGUGGCCCUGGGAGGCCGGGGCAGGAGGGGCCAGCAGCCUUUUCCCUUUUACCUCCUCAGUGAGGCUGGGUUUGGGUACAGCCCCCUGUGGCCUGGCUCUGAGCUCAGGGUCUGUGCGUCCCUUCUAUUGCUGGGGUGGUGCUGCAGCCCGGCAGGACUCUUCAGAGGGAGAACACACUGUACGUUCAUGGUGUCAUCACCUGCUUUGCAGAAAGCUGGAUCCUUUACCCUGGCUUUGGGGUAAAAGAUGAAGGUACAUGAGGGGAGAGGGAAUUGUCCUGGGAGCAGCUGGAGGAGCGUGGUAGAGGUAGGGUACAGGUAUAGGUUACCAGAUAAAUGGGUUCCUAAGAGCUGCUGGGCCCUUUCAUCCUGGUAAAUCUUCCUCAGUCCUUAGGACAGCAAGCUGAUGGGAUGGGGUGGGGUUCUGGUUGUGCGGCCUGGGGUGAGCUGCCAUGGUGCUGGGAUGUGUGUAGGGCAGCGUGAGCUGUGCUUGUCUAUAGGAAUCUGCGCUGCCGGAGAUCUGCUGAUCCCAUUAGCACUGAUGUUCAUACUCAGGGAUGUUUUCAAGGAGGUAAAAAGUCCUCUCCUACGCAAGGCUUAUUCUGCUGGAUUGGUACAAGGAGUAAUUCUCAGCACCACUUAAAAAGCUGUGGUGUCCAACACAUUAAGAAACAGGCCAACUGCAAUUAAGUGUGCUUAGAGGGAAUACUUCUGAUGCUUUUAAUGUAGAAGUUUAUGCUGCUGUAAUUAAGAAAUUGUGUUCCAGAGCAAACAUUCUGAAUGUGAGGUGGAAAUUCAAAUCUAGUCUCUGUCAUCUUGUGGAGAUGGGGAAGUAACAGAAGUUGAAACUAAAAAAAACAUUGUCUUGGAGCAGGAGUGGCUGGAGUGCCUUGGGCAGUUCAUUUCAAGUCUUUCUAUGCUUGGGUUGUCAGGCUUCUUGCUGCUUGCAGCUGUUUUAGAGCUGAGGUUUAUGUACAGGAGUGUCAGAAGUCAUUGGAACAUAGACUAUACGCUGGGUUGGCAUCACAGAAAGGUUCUCUGCUACAGCUGUUGGUGGGAAGCUUUCAAUCUGCAAGCUCCAGCUCUCAGUGUAUCCUAAAAAUCCAGGUCUGUACCUAUAUGUGUUCAAGCUUUCUUUUGCUCCAUCAGCAGAGCUCAGUGAGGGGGUGGCACUGUGCACCACAGCAGGUCAGCCACUGCCCUGUGGUGGGGGCGAGAGCCCAGCGGUGCAGCAUUGGGCACCUGGGGUGGCUGGGCACAGAGCUGGGCUCGGAGGAGGGGGGUGCUCUGCCUCACCCCAUGUUGAGCUGCACACAGCUAAUCAUCUGCUCACCUUGGCUGUGUUCAGUGCAGGAAUUGCUGUCUUCCUGCCUGGGUCUUUAGGGGCAGUCUUUGUGGCACAGCAUUUGUAGUGGAGGUGUCUGCCUGGGGUGGUGGGCAUUGCAGGGCGGGGAGUGUGGUGUGGUCUGUGUGGAACCUCUGCCACAUCUGGUGGCUUCUGUGUUCAGUGUGUGUGCUAAGUGGGCAGUGCCUAGACAAGGUAAUGUGGAACAUCAACUGUUUGUCUUGUGUGUGUGUAUGUUGCUCUUGCUUUUCAUGAGCUGUCAUGUGGAAUAGAAAGCCAUUGUGAAGUUUGCAUGCUCUUUGGUUGUUUUCCAUAUCUAUUAUGAGUUCUGUUUUGACUGAUUAUGUAUUGCAUUUUCUGUGGAAACAAUCAGUAAUAUAAAAUUAUUCUGAUAUUAUGAAGUAUUUUGUGUGCAGAACUUCAAAAUGUUUCCUCGUAAGAUCAGUCUAUCUAUUUUCCUAUUUUCCCUGUGAAGUUCCUUCAGGUGUAUAGAAUCACAGAACCAUUCAGGCUGGAAAAGCCCUCUGAGACUGCCCACCCCUCAGUGCCACAUCCCCGCGGCUCUGAACACCUCCAUGGACGGGGACUGCCCACCCCUGGGCAGCUGUGCCAGCUCCUGGCCGCUCUCUGGAGCAGACAUUGCUCUGAUAGCCAACCUGACCCUCCCUGUGCAAUGUGAGACUGUGACCUCUUGUUCUGUCUUCAUGCUUGGUGACUAAUACACUGAUGAAGACACCUUUUUUUGUACUUGGGGUCAGAAAACCAUCACAAAAGUGUUUUCCAUGUGAGGCAAAGCAGCCACAGCUGGUGGGGCAUAAAGCCACUGGUCAGGCUGGGAUUGUCAGAGCAGGAACCUGCAGCUCGUGGUCCCUGCCUGCCUCUCAUCCCUGCUGCCUUUCUGGGAAGCUGCACUGGUGGCAGAUGGUGGCCAUAAGCCUGGGCCAUCCCUGAUGGUGAGGCAGAGCUGCAGUGCUUCAAGACAGGCAGAAUGAAUGAUAACUUGUGGAAAUUUGUAGAAAUGACCUGGCUGCUGCUUUGCAGUCCUUGUGUUACACAACUGCUUGCAAACUCAGGUGUGCAGAGUGAGGCAGAUGGGAGUGGUGCCUCAGACACCUGUUCUGAAUGGAGAAGUGACGAGGCGCAGCCACUGCUGACCAUGCCAGUGAACGAGCAUUGUUUGGGACUUCCAGGACAAAUAAGUGUUUCGUGAGAUUGAAAAGAAGUCAGGAAAGUGUUUGGAUAUUAAUAAUCUUUAAUAAUAAUAAGCAAAUCUGGGGGACUUUCAUGGCUUGUGUUCCUGUGCCCUUCUGGUUAACUAUGCCAGAAUUUCCCCCCUUCCUGCUCUUGGGCUGUAGAUGUUCUGUUCACCUGCAGCCUGUCUGCUGAGAUUGCUCGCUUGGGAGCAGCAGAUGGCAGGGGAGCAGUUCCAGGUCUGUCCUAUAUGUUUAAUGCAUGCUCCAGGUUCAUUUUGGAUGCUAUUAAAUUUUGUGUCUUUGUGGAAAAUAGCACACGUGCACUUACAGGUGAAGUGCAAGGUAAGGCCCUUCAGAGGUACCAGAGGAAGUUGGAAAUUUAAGUCCUCAUUUUUUUUUAACUUAUAACUUGUUCUAUUUGCUUUUUUCUUUUUACUACAGUGACAACAUGCACUUAAUACAUUGCUUAAAAGUUUAAAUCACAUUUACAAGAUCUUGCAAAGUUUUUAACUAAAAAUGCUGUCUUUGAGCCCAUUAUACCGUAUUAGCAAGUGAUAGAUUGUCAUAGAAGCAUGUCUGGAAAGGGUCAGUUGACUUUGAGCCUUUGUGCUCAGAUCAGUUCUCAUGGACUAAACACCCACUUAAGGCUGGAGUGCAUCUCACUGUAAGAUUUUGUUCAGAGCAAAUCCAGAAGCUGCUUCCAGUGUCAAGUGGAACCAAUCAGGAUUUUUUCAUCAACAAAGAAUGUAUAGGAAGGAAUAUAUCUUUUUGUGCGUGAGAGCCUUUUGAAAGUGAAGUGAAAAUAUAGUGGCAUGUUUCCAUAGCUCCAGCAGGCAUGGAGACAGUGACUUCAUUGCACCUGUGGUGUAAAGUAUUUGCUGAUAUAUUCACAGUAUGGUCAAGAUUUGGUCUGUGUAGGAACAAUAAUGCUUUUCUUCUUUGGAGUUCCUUUCUGUUAACAGCUGUGUUUAACAGUACCCUUCGGUUCUGCAAGUGCAGGGCUUCCAGGAUCACCUGGAUCCCUCUGCUGGGAUCAGAGUCUGCCUUAGCACAGCUGACUGCAGGCAGCACUGGAAUGCAUUGCUGUUACAGCCGUGUGCUGCUUUCAGAGCUCAGUCAGGGCCAGCGCUGUGCCUCGACAGCUUUAGUUCUCUGUGGACUUAUUUUCUUUGUAUAUAGGCACACCUCUCCUUUUGCAGGGGGUGGCAUUUGCAGUUGAUAAUUGGAAUUCAGAUUGGUUAGAUCAAGUUGUUCCUCUGAGGACCAUUUCUAUCAGUCUUUAACUAAGUAUUCAUGACUAAUUCUAUGUAUGUGCUAGGAAUCUGCCCAUAUUUAGGUUAUGAGAAUCUGCUUGUGUACACUCCUCCCAUCGUGUUGUAACAGACUGCUUGAGAAACAGAGCUGAACUGUAGAAUAAACUUGAGAAUGCAUGAGCUAGGCUGCACCAUUUGUUCCCUUAUGUCAAUCAUCUGAUCUGCACAGCAAAUCGAGGGGAGUUGGAUCUCUGAGGGCCAUCUAGUCCCCUCCGACUCUUAAGGAUUCUAUGGAAGCCAACAACAAAAGCAAAGAACGAAGAUGAAAUUUUUAGUUAAACAUUAACAGAGAGAUAGAAACUGCUCUACAUUAUCUACGUACUUAAUUCCAAAGAAUGCAAGUGUUAAAGGGCUGUGCUUAGCGCUGUUCUAGCACUGCAAGGCAGAUGAGCUGCUCCUCCCUCUGUGGAAGUGAGAUGACUGUGCUGACGCUCACCGGGGCCACAGCAGCUCGUCCUACGGGCCUUGGAGCAUCCUGGCUUUGCAGCUUGGUGCCUUGCCAAAGCCCAGUGACAGCUGAGGAAGGCACUGCCAUCUGGGAGCCAAUUAGCUGCAUCUCCUGUUUGGGCAGAUCAGCACAAGGCAGGGCUGAGUAAUGCCCACAGGGCAGAGGGAAGGGAUGGUGUUAAUGAGAAGUCAUAUCUGGGCAGUCAGGGAGCCUGGGCUGGGAUUUUGCUCUGAAUCUUUCACUUGCAUUUUUUACUGACUGUAAAGCAGUACACAAAGGACGUGUCUGAAGAAAGCUGUGGGAGUGGUGGUGUUGGUUCGGUGGGAGCCCUAAGAAGAAAUGCACCCCAGAUGCAGGAGCGGCAGUGACCCAGAGUGUGGUUCUGCACCCUGGCACGGCACAAAUGGUCAGCAGGCAGCAAAGAUGCAAGAUGGAUCCUGAAGGGCUCCUUGAAGCCUGCUGUAAUGAAGAAGCUAGAAAUAACCAAGCUACUUCUCUAAGGGGAAAUUAAUUGCUUUAUAAUAUCCUAAUUUUCCUGAGCCUGCUGAGGCUUUCUUGUCAUCACGUUCUGAUUUCUAUGUGGGGCUGCUGCUGUUGGCUCUGACGUUUUAUUCUGCAGCUUUCCACGUUGAUGAUGAGAGGGGGCUGAUCAAGAAGGGCUGUAUGAGUGGUCUCUGCUGCAUCACUCCCCAUUUUUUUUGCACUUUAGUCAGUAUAUUCUGUGAAAUGGUUGUUGCAUUCUAGUUCUAUUAGUUCUUCUAGUAAUUGAAGAAUGGAAACUGGAGGAUUGGGUGGAAACGUGUGUGUUUCAGUAUGAUCCAACAAUUUGAGGUAUCUUUUGAGGUUCUUUGAUAGGUUAUAGUUGGAAAUGAAGAUGGGUGUCCUCUGAUCCAUUGAAGCAUGCCCUGUCAUUGGCACUGCCUGCCUAAAAAGGGGAAGCAGACGUGCUGGGGGCAGUGCUGUGCUGGUGUGUGUGGCAGGCAGGGCAUGGCCGUGGGACAGGGAUCUGCUUGGCUCUAGAGAAAGCAGGUUAAGAAAACUGGUGUAUUGCUAUGGAAUUUUGGGAGGAAGCUCAAGAUUUCUACUUUGAUGAUCAUGUGGUGAUCUCUGAGAUCAGAAGACAGACCCGGAUGGUACAGCCAGCCUGGGUAUACCAAAGUUCUCCUAAGUAACUGUUAGCUGGAAAUAGAGGUAUCAAGUAGGUGUCUAAUAGCCUGUGUGCCCUGGAUGCUAACUAGGAGUCCAGUUAGUUAAUAAAUAACUUGUUCUACUUGGUUUUAUUAACCCCUAACUGUGUUUAAGAGUAAAUGUUGUGUAACUAUGGGAAAUGGUCUGUAUGAAAAACUAAGGGGGAAGAAGGACUGUUAAAUAUGUAAAAGGACUGCAGAAACAGUGGGAAAAUAAUUUUACUUCAGAUGAUUUUUGACAUCUGGACUCCUUAUAGAGCCUUCAGUUCAGCUUUGUAGGUGAGAGAAGAAAGACCUGGCAAUCAAACACGGGGGAGCUGCACUUCUCAUUCAGAUUUACAUUCCUGCUUCAUGCCCAGCUCUUGGUGCCAGCUCACGUCCUGGGGCUGCACAGCCCUGCAUCGCCUUGCUGUGUCCCCUGGUUGCUGUGCUGCUGGGAGCGUGUGGGCAGAGCGUCAGCACCUGGCCUCUUCCAGGACUGAGCUGGGGAGGGACUGAGCUUGCUCUGCAAACUGAAAUCUGUGUCAAAAAUGGAACAGAUUAUAGUUAUUGUCCUCUAAACUAAAUUAAUAACACUUGUGAAUUAUUUGGUAUAGGAUUUGACUGCAAAAAAAAAAAAGCCUUUUUCCUGUGGAGCAGGCUGUGCAUUGGUACAUGGCACCUUUAGUGUGCUGCUGCUGCAGCAGGCUGGUUCUGUUCCUGACUGCAGGAAGUCAUGAGGGAGCAGCCCAGGCAGGGCUGGGCCCACGUCUGUGUGCCUGGGGGAGGCUGUGAUGGCCGGGUGCUGUGGCUGUGCCUUCCCUAGCUGCCUCCUGUGCCGUCCGUGUGUCUGUAGGGCAGUACUUCUUGGCUCGUCGGCCUGGGCUGGUGUGAGUGGGCAUUGCGGAGCUGUGGCUUGGCCGGGUGCUUUGCAGGUCUGGCCUGCCUGAGUGCAUUCUGUAGGGGAAGAUGUGGUUUGCUCACUGAUGUGUGACCUUUGUAUGUUCAUUGAAAUCUCUGUGGCUUUACCUAGUCCCAGUGGUUAACUUGGUUUGUGCUGGCUGGUUAGGAUUUGUCUUGCUUGAAAACGCCAUCUCAGCACUUCUCAGUGGUAUCAUGGAGCCUUCCCUCCCACUCAGUUCUGGCUUCUGCUUUUAUCUGCCUCCCAAUAAAGCAAUACCCACUUGUUGGAGGCUCCCUGGGGACUGUGGGAGAGGCUUCCCUGGGGAAGCUCUGUGCUGCCCCAGCCCCCAGGAGAGUGCUCUGGGGGGGCCCUAUGGGUGGGCCCUGGUGCUGCAACUGGGCCAUUCUGUUCUGCUGUCAGUGAUGUGCUGUGGUUGUGUCCAUCCUUAGUGUAACUAGCUGGAAUCACAGGGGGUUUGCUGUGACUGCCUGCUGCAUGUUUGGGAUGUAGUGAGGCUUUUCAUUUUAUGGAGACAGAGAAAUCAAGUCAGUUCCCAUCUGCUUGGUUCUAGUGAGGUGCUUGGCUUUGAGCCUGUAGCUGUUGUGAGAGUUAGAAGAACAUGCUUUAAAUACCUAAUAUUGUAGCGUGGUGGUGUUUUAUUUGCAUAUCUGCCUCCCAGCUCUUUUUCCAUGAUGGUUGUAUAAGUCUCAGUUGUUCGUGCUGAUUUGCAGAAACUCUUUCCCUCUAGGGAAGGAAAAAUUACAAUAUCUUUACUGAUGUUGCUGAGUUCAUAACUCAGCCCUGAGCACAGGGACAGUGUUCCUUUGCUCUCCUGGCAGCGGUUCACCUGUCACGGCACUAAGUGGGUAUUCCCAGGGCUGCCGAGAGAUGCAUCAAAGCGUGCUUACAGCUCUCCUUUGAAGUGCAUCCUCAUACUUGUGCUGUCUCUUAAAGCGUGUCCUCAAGCACUGGUACCCGAAGGGCAGGGCUCGGAGUGGCUCUUCCACUGAGACCUAUGGCACAUCCAGAAUGUUUCAAGAUGUGAAAAAAGGGUUGGGGGCAUAAGUCAAUAAAAGCAAUCUUUUACUUUUUGACAGUUCUCCUUGCGUUUGGAGCACAUUUUCCUAAACAGGAAAAGAGCAAUUCCAACUCGGUUCAGAAAUGUUGAUACUAGGUGAAGUGCGCUUCCUUGUGACAGAGAAAAACAGAAGUGUUACCUCAUUGCAAACAGGAUAUCUCUUAAUAGUUAGGUUUAAAUAUACAAAAUUUUCCAUAGUGGCUUUGAAUUUCUGGAGCCACAAACACAGAGUAGGAUUUUGGCUGUAUCAGUGUUAUUUCUGGCUGGCUGUCAGGAGAGCUCUGCUGAUACCUCCUGAUAGCGCUCGUUCGGCUGUUAGUGUUGAAUCAAGCCUGCCGCUGUGCUAGAUGUGUCUACAAAAUGUUUGUGGAAGUUGACCUUUGUGUUUGUUUUUGUUCCUUCAUACACACAGGGUAGGACUGUGCACUGCUGCCAGCCCUGGCCGUGCCCGAGGACAGGCAGGGCUCUGGAGAGAGAUUUUUACAUGCGGUACUUAAUUCCCAUUUUGUUUAAUCAUCAAAUGCAUGCUUAUUGUGGUCUGCUAUGCUGAUCAGUGUACGUACAGUAGGUCAGGAAACAGAACUUCUCUCCUUUCUUAAAAAAAAAAAAACCCUGAGGUUUUCACUGGGCUCAUUUGGUUCUCUUUUAUGAACAGAAGUGGUCUGCUGCCUCCAUUCCCCAGCCUUUAAGGUGAGGACCCAGAAGCAGAGCCAGUGAUGGCUGCAGAGCUGUUGCCUGUGUUUUUGAGAGGCAGUGGAGAGGUGGGAGCAGGUCUGUGUGCACCCUGCAGCGCAGAGAGCGGGGCGCAGCCUCAAGCUUGCUCAGACCACAGUCCUUACACCGGUUGUUCAGCCAGAAAACUUGCAGAAGAAUUGGCUUCGGGAGUUUUACCAGGUUGUUCAUGCACACAAGCCCCACUUCAUGGCUUUACACUGUCAAGAAUUUGGAGGAAAAAACUAUGAAGCUUCCAUGUCUCACGUGGACAAGUUUGUUAAAGAGUUAUUAUCAAGUGAUGCAAUGAAAGACUACAACAGGGCUCGAGUUUACCUGGAUGAGAAUUAUAAAUCACAGGAACAUUUUACGGCUCUAGGAAGUUUUUACUUUCUUCAUGAAUCUUUGAAAAACAUCUACCAGUUUGAUUUUAAAGCUAAGAAGUAUAAGAAGGUUACUGGGAAAGAGAUCUACUCAGACACUUUAGAAAGCACACCCAUGCUGGAAAAGGAGAAGUUUCCACAGGAUUAUUUCCCUGAGUGCAAGUGGUCCAGAAAAGGCUUCAUUCGAACAAGGUGGUGUAUUACUGAUUGUGCCUUUGACUUGGUAAACAUUCAUCUUUUCCAUGAUGCUUCCAAUUUAAUUGCUUGGGAAACAAGCCCAUCGGUUUACUCAGGAAUACGGCAUAAGGCUCUUGGCUAUGUGCUUGAUAGAAUUAUAGAUCAGCGGUUUGAGAAAGUUUCAUAUUUCGUCUUUGGAGAUUUCAACUUUAGACUGGAUGCCAAAGCAGUAGUAGAGACGCUAUGUGCGAAGGCUACCAUGCAGACUGUCCGGGCAGCUGACACAAAUGAAGUAGUCAAGCUAAUAUUUCGUGAAUCCGAUAAUGACCGAAAGGUUAUGCUACAAUUAGAAAAGAAGCUUUUUGACUAUUUUAAUCAAGAUGUUUUUAGAGAUAAUAAUGGCACUGCGCUUUUAGAAUUCGACAGAGAGCUGUCAGUCUUUAAGGACAGAUUGUAUGAACUGGACAUUUCAUUUCCUCCGAGUUAUCCGUACAGCGAGGACUCCAGCCAGGGAAAGCAGUACAUGAAUACACGAUGUCCAGCCUGGUGUGACAGGAUCCUGAUGUCCCACUCAGCCAAGGAGCUCAUUCUGAAAUCAGAAAACGAUGAGAAGAUUGUAAUAUAUGACCACAUUGGGCCAAACGUCUGCAUGGGGGAUCACAAGGAAAAAGAUGCCUUCGGAAUGAGAAGAUUUUCCAUGAAACGACACUGUAGCGAGGAGGGGAGGAAUGGCAGCAUCCAGAAAUACAUAACUGUAACAGCUGUAUCGAUACGUCCCGAGUGCCACAUUCUUAGACUGCUGAUCGUACACUAUGCUUCAGCAUCUGGACUCUGUUCGAGAAAAGCCUCACAUACCUCACUGUCUUGUAUGUUCGUGUGACAUCAAGUAGAAAUGUGGAAUUAUUUUUUAUAUAUAUAUGUCACAAUUCUGUUGCCAAAACUCUAAAUAGACAGCAGAGAUGUUAUGUAUUUUAGACUUCACAACCUUCAACUUUUAAUAAGUGUUUGUCGAUGAUGUGGAAAAGUUACUUCAACAUAUUAUAAACUUUUAAAGGUGUCAUGCCUGACAUUAUAUAUCUUUACCACUUUGGGGUUUUGUACAUUGGAUUGUAUAGAUGGAGAUAUCGAUGGUUUUAAAUGGUAUUUUCUUUGUCGACCAAGGCUUAUGGUUUGUGUUUUAGUUUUAGUGUUUUGUUUUUCAUUUUUAUAUUUUUUUUUCUCAAGUUAUUUACUAUACUGCCAUGUUACAUGGUUUUUGAAUCACACAGCAGCUGCUUUCUAUACAUACAUAUGUGUGUGUAUAUAUAUGUAUGUAUGUGUAUAUAUAUACACAGAUAUAUAAAUAAUUUAUAAACCUGACCAAAACUUAUGCUAAAUAUACUUUCCAAUAUGAAUGCUUGAGAGUGCCAUAUCAGCAGUAGUGUUGGAGCCGUAGCAGGUUUAGUUAGUGUACAUCAACAACCAACAUUUAUAUAAUAAGUAAUAUAUAGCAGUGCCAUCCUCGAUACAGGUAUAUAGCAUACUAUAUAGUACAUAUAUUAGCAGUUUCACUUUGUUGCUCCUAUAAUCCCUUCUUUCUAUGUACUAUUAAGGAUUGAAUGUGAAGUUCUUAGCUAGGUUUGGGUGUAACUUUCCAGAAUUUUGUAAACUGUUUUUGUCUGUCCUUUGUUACUGUUUUAUGGUGCCAAGUAUUCUGUAUUAAAACAACAACAACAACAAUUCGGGAGAAGAAAAUAAUGGUCUCCUUUGGGUAGCAACUCCAUUGGACACUGGCUGUACACAUACAGGGUUAAAGGAAGAAAAAGGACCGUAACUUGCCCUGGUUGGUGGCUCGGUGCAGCCGACGCUAUCAUCCUGUUAGUAACAUUUUUCUCCCACCGCUAAAUACAACAUUAAAGGGUGAUUAGGGAGUCUGUUGAUGAAACACAAAUGUAUGUUUUAUUGAUUUAAUUUAGAACACUACAGAGUUCAUGGACUGCGUGAUGGCAUUAGAUUUAUGCUGGAUUUUGGUAUAAAUCACUACCAUUGAAAUGAUUUGGUGUCUGCUUGCAGAAUGUUUUCUCAACAGUUCAAUCCGUACUGUUCCUACUGAGUACUGCUGCCCGAAGGGUGCCUGCAGCUCUGUAUUGUUACUGUGCCAUGUUGCAUUAUAACCACACUGUAAUUCUAUUUAAGCAAACUCAACUCAUGGUAACUUUGAAGGCCUUUAGCAAUGAGUACUCUGGUUCUCAAGCAAUAAAACUGAUCAUGGUGAA